AUGUCGCUCCAGGACCCAUACCAUGCGGUACAGCAUGAAAUCCAAACCUCACUAGCGGCGGCUACGCAGCUGCGGUCGUCCUAUCUACGGAUACGGAAUAUGGCUAGAGAAGACAGCGAGGAACUCAGUUGGGCACGUAACGAGUUGAAAGCGACAUUAGCAGCGCUAGAAGCCGACCUAGAAGACCUAGAAGAGAGCGUCAAAAUCGUUGAAUCCACAGACGCACGGAUGUUCGGAUUGGACGAUGCAGAGGUUGCGACCCGACGUCAAUACGUGACACACGUACGGAAGGAGAUUGAGAACAUGAGAAACGAAGUAGACUCCAACGCGUCGACCAGCUCUUCGAAUGCUGCCCAGCAGCACCCGUUGGCAUCUGGUGCAGCAUCACCAACACAGGGCAAUUCAAGAAACGGGUUUUCUUCUCCCUAUAGGGAUGAUGAUCAAGCGGAGUGGGCCAGAGAGGAGCAGCAGAUUAUGCUCCGCGAACAGGACCAAACCAUCGACAGCAUUGCCGGGACACUCAAUACUAUCGCUCAACAAGCCAGUUUAAUGGGACAAGAAAUCUCGGAACACAACGAAAUGCUAGACGACCUGGAACAAAACGUGGACAGGACACAGGACAAGGUCAGCGAUGGGAUGCGCCGGUUACGCAAGUUCUUGCGCGACUCGGAGGAGAAAGGGAGCGGGUGGUGUAUCAUCUUCCUGAUAAUCGUGCUCAUGGCCCUUCUACUUGCCGUCAUUCUCGUCUGA